AUGGCCCCCUCAACGAUCCCCCGCCUCCCGCAGGAGAUCCAAGACAUGAUCCUCGACCUGGCGCUGCGCGACCCGACGGCGCAGUUCAACCUGCUCGCGUCCCUCCGCGGCGUAAAUCGCAGACUACACGCCGUCGCCAGCGCCCGGCUCUACGCGCACGUCGCGAUCGUCGCGACCCGCGUCCCGGUCUAUGGGCCGCCCGCGCCGCGCCCGCUGCCGUCGUCGCCCAGGUAUAACGAGUACACCCGGGAGCCGCGGCAGGGCCUGCGGCUCGACGUCGUCUCUGCUUCGGGCCGCCGGAUCCCAGGCCUCGAGUGGAAUGGCGGGAUCGCCGCGCGCCAGCGCUGCGUCGAGCGGCUAGCGGCGCACUGCACCGUCCUCGACGGCGCCAACCAGACGUACAUGACCAUCGCGGCCUCUGCCCCGCCUGCCGAGCAGGACGACCGGCGCGCCGCGUUCGCCGGCGUCACGACGUACCGCAACCACUCGCUGCACCCGCUCGGGGUGAACACGCCCAGCGAAGGCAUCGCGACGUGCGUCGCCUUCGCCAACGUGCCCAACUCGACUGCCGAGCUCGGGAGGGAGGUGUAUCGCGGCCUGGCGCGGCAGGAGGGGUACGGAUAUCUCCUCGUCGCGGGGCCAGUGUGCAAUGUGCUCGGCGGCGCGCUGCCGCCGUCGGUCCGCACGGCGGUGGUAAAUAUCGCGGUCAAGGCGAACGACGUGACACCAUACGCCGUCCAUCUGGACGAGUGUGCCGGCCUUAGGGAGAUCGUCUUCAUCCUGCGCAAGGCCGCCGGUCGGCACAGCGUCGGCGUGGGCCGAGACGCCGGGCAUGGGUUCGAGCGCUCCCGCCUCGGCGUGGCACAGUGCCUCGUCCUCGCCCUCGCCAAGGCUCGCCAGCUGCGCAGGGUCACGUUCGUGGGGCUCGAGGCCUUUGGCACCGGGUGGCUGAGUGACGAGAGUGAGGAUGAGGACAGCGGCAGCGAGGACGCGGCGCAAGCACCGCAGGCCCAGAGUGAAGACGCGCCAGACGCGCCGCUUCUCAGCGAUACCGAGGCCAAAGAGCUCUGGCGCCGGCGCCGACGGGUGCUGGCCCAAGCCAUCACGGAGGAGAUUGCGCGAGACCAAGCCCACGCCGACGCCGACGCAGAGCUGCCCGACGUCGCCGUGCUCUCGCUCGACGAGUUCAGACGCGCCAACACGGACGAGUUUUACGAGCUCUGCACGUCGCCAUGUAUCUACUCGAGGUACUGA